CCCUCCCCGCCCACUCAGGGGGGCGAUGCUCCUCCUCUUCCUCCUCCUUUGCCUCUGCCCGCUCCUCCUCCCCCCGCUCCAUCCCCCGAGCCGGGAGCUCGAGGAUUUCUCCUUCCCAAAGCUUGGCCAGAUGAAGGAGGCUGCGAGGAAGAGGAAGAUGCCACGGGCCCUCCAAGCAGGUGAGGAGGAAGUCAGUGCCCCUUUGCCCUGUCUUGUCCUGUAUCUCCCAGCCCAGCAUCGCCCCUGGCUGCAGGACAACCCCACUGCCGCCGCCGUCCUGCCGGGGCCGGAUUUGGGGGGAUGUCCUUGGCCUUCCCUCUGGGCCAGAGGGAAAUCCCCUCCCUGUCCUUCUUCCUUCCACUCCUUGUUCCUUUUCCUUCCUUCUUCCUGCUCCUUGUUCCUCCCUCUCCUUCCUCAUGUUUUUUCCUUUUUCUCCUUCUUCCUUCUCCUUCCUUUCUCUCCUUUCUCCUUUUUCUUUGUUCCGUCUUCUCCUUCCUAUUCAUCAUUCCUUGUCUCCUUGCUCCUUCCUUCUCUCAGGACCAGCGUGGUCAGCAGGACCAGGGCAGUGGUUCUUUCCCUGUACUUGGCACUGGUGAGGCCACACCUCGAGUGCUGUGUCCAGUUCUGGGCCUUCUUCUUCCUUCCUUCUUCUUGCUUCCUCUCCUUGUUGCUUUUUCUUCUUGUUCUUUCCCUUCUUAUUCCUUCCUCUCCUUUUUCCUUCUCUUCCCUCCUUCCUCUCCAUCUUCCUUCUCCUCCCCUUCCCUCUGGGCUGGAGGCAAAUCCCCUCCCUGUCCUUCCUUCCUGCCCCAGGCCCCGAGCUGAGGACGGAGGGCACGGAGGACAAAUCCCCCCGGCAGACCCUGGUGGGAGAGGCCGUUUUGAAGGGCUCCACAGCGCAGGAAGGCAGCGGGGAGGAAAAGGGCAGGAGAUCCCUCAGGAGGAGGGGCUCCAAAGCCAGCCCAGGGUGCUCUGAGGAGGAAAGACCCAACCUGUGCUGGGAAAGUGGCCACAGCU